AUGUCAUCACCCUCGAGCUCCUCAGUAGCAGGCAAACGCAAGCGCCCCUCAACGACAGCCUCCAUGCCCCAACCAGACCUCCAAGCUUCCUCCCGCGAUGCCUCCGGCGAAGAGGGCGACAGCACCGCCCCGGAAACCGGCCGCCUGACCUCGACCUCCUCCCACCGCAAGUCCGACUCCACCGCCUCCGCCUCCGCCGGCCACCCGUCUAAGCGACAACGCGCCAACUCGGAGCGCUCCGUCCACGAGAACAACAAUGGCUCCUCCGCCCCCGCGGCGCAAGACCACACCCUCGACCCCGGCGAGCCCAGCGACACCACCGAGGCGAGCGUCGACAUCGCCGAGCGCGUCGGCCGCAAGAAGAAGACCGUCUCGAUCAAGGAGACCCCCGAGGACUCCAUGCCCCCUCCCCCCAUCGGCAAGCUCACCCACCCCGUGGGCUACAGGACGAACGACCCCCCUGCCGGACGUCCCGUGAGAGUAUACGCCGACGGAGUGUUCGAUCUCUUCCAUCUCGGCCACAUGCGCCAGCUCGAACAAGCGAAAAAGGCCUUCCCGGACACCUACCUCAUCGUCGGUGUGGCCGGCGACGUCGACACACACAAGCGCAAGGGUCUGACUGUUCUCUCGGGCCGCGAGCGCGCCGAGACCAUCCGUCACUGCAAAUGGGUCGACGAGGUCAUCGAGGACUGCCCUUGGAUCGUCACCCCGGACUUCCUCGAGGCCCACAAGAUCGACUACGUCGCCCACGACGACAUUCCCUACGGCGCCGACGAGGGCGACGACAUCUACAGGCCCAUCAAGGAGGCCGGCAAGUUCCUGGUCACGCAGAGAACCGAGGGCGUCAGCACGACUGGUAUCAUCACCAAGAUCGUCCGCGACUACGAAAAGUACAUUGCCCGCCAGUUCAAGCGCGGCACCCCCCGCCAGGAACUCAACGUCAGCUGGCUCAAGAAGAACGAGCUCGACCUCAAGCGCCACGUCCAGGAGCUGCGCGAUAACAUCCGCACAAACUGGUCCACCACCGGCCAGGAGCUCUCCCGCGAGCUGCGCCAGUACUGGCCCGCCUCCCGGCCCCAGUCCCCCGCCCCCGCCGCCCGCACCUCGUACAUCCAGAACGGCGACCUCAACGCCGCCGCCGCCGGCAACCGCUCCAAGCUCAGCGUCGACAUCCCGCCCACCACCCCGGGCGGCACCCCCGCGCCCACGUCGAACGACUUUAUCACGGGAUACGCGCUGGGUCUCGUCGGCGGUGUCCGCUCAUGGAUGACAAAGUCCAGGAGAGAGCAGGACAGCCCCUCCCGCCGCAACAGCGACGACGAGUCCGAGUCCGACGGCAAGAGCCCUCGCGGCCGCGUCGUCCCCCAGCAGCCCACCGCCGCCACCGCGGGCGCCUCAUAA